CGGCCCUCCCUCCCUGAGUGGGGCUCCUGCCCACAGGGCUGACAGUGGAAAUCAGCCUGUGGGAGGCUGUAGCCCAGCUCUGUGCAAAUCUAUUUUGGACCUCUGGGCCCCCCUUCCUCUCUAGGCUCCCCCUCCUACUCCUCCCGGUCUGCCCUGCUGGUGCUCAAACUGAGGCUGGGGCUCUGAGGGAGAGUGAGUAGGGGCUGGGGGACCUGGGGCGACCCCCUUGAGGAGGGGCUGGGGACCUUGUCUGGAGGCUGGCAGUCUUGGACUGAGGCCCACCUUCCUCCAUCACUCCCAGGGGCCUGCCCAGGCAGCCGCAGCUCCAACCACAACAUCCUUUGGGGUUUGGCCUAGGCGGAUGACCCCCAAAUAGCCCUGGUAGAUUCCCCCAAGACCCGCCCUCACCCUUGCCUCUGGGGCACAGCCCAGAGAGUAUAAAACAGUGCUGGAGGCUGGGAGGGGCAGACCAGCUGAGUCCUGAGCAGCAGCCCUAGCGCAGCCGCUGACAGACACACCAUGAGACCCCUCAUGUUCCUCGCCCUACUGGCCCUGGCCACACUCUGCCUCGCUGGCUGGGCAGAUGCAAAGCCCAGAGAUGAGGAGUCUGGCAAAGGUGCAGCUUUUGUGUCCAAACAGGAGGGCAGCGAGGUGGUGAAGAGACUCAGGCGCUACCUGGAUCAUGGGCUGGGAGCCCCAGCCCCCUACCCAGAUCCGCUGGAGCCCAGGAGGGAGGUGUGUGAGCUCAACCCCGCCUGUGACCAGCUGGCUGACCACAUUGGCUUCCAGGAGGCCUAUCAGCGCUUCUACGGCACAGCCUAGAGCUCUCAGCCCUGCCGGCCUGGCUGGCAGCCCCCAGCUCGGGCUCCUCUCCGGGACCUCUCGCCUUCCCCUCGCCGUGACCUCCCUGCCCGGCAAAUGUGAGAUCCCAGCAGCUGGGAGCAUCAUCCCAGCUGCUCCAGAAUAAACUCCGGAA